AUGGAGGUUAUGGAGGAAGGAAAUUUAAUGGACAGGGUUCCAGUGUUGCUACAACGCGAUUUACAAUUUUAUCAGACUCAUCAACGCGUACUACAAGAACGAAUUUGUCCUGGAGUGGUCGGUGGGAAGUUGGACUUUCCACGUUAUGCCUCUUUUGCUGCCAUCAAAAUUGUUUUGUGGUGGGAAGAUGAAUAUUAUGCCUCUUAUCAAAAGCAUUCUGGGCUAUUGCAUGCCGAAAUGGACUUAUUGGCGCCUGAACCUUCAGCUGUUGUUGUAAAAACCUCAGAUCCGGAGAAAUUUGUAAAUCUCGUAACGCGUUCGGCGGAUAUGCUCCUUGAACAUUUGCACAUACUUUCGCAAGAGUCCUUGGAUCAUGCCGAUCUCUCGGUGUUGACAGCAACAAUUGGAGCAGCGGCACUUAUAAAGAAUUGUCUAAAUAUUUAUUUACAAGCAGCUAAUGUAAAAAUAUAUCGCCCAAAGGGCAAUGAAAAGGGCGGCGCUUUAAGGUUAUCCUAUAAGCAAUAUUUCCAGAUGGCAGAGGCGCUGGCGGAAAGACUACUAGAUCUACACUGUAGAUUAUUACUGCUUUAUAUCGUACAAGAUGCCGAUUGUUUACAUUGGGAAAAUAGUCAGCCAUUUUUCGAAUCGGAGCGCGGUUCCUAUACCGUACAAAUGUGGUGGCAUUACAUACAAGGCAUCAAAGAUGAUCUGUGGAACUCGGUGCCGCCAAAAAUGGCGCAACGCAUUUUCGCCGGCAUUUUAAAUGAAACUUUAGGUGUGCUAACGUCUCGAUAUUCUCUAAUUUUGACCAGUGUUGAAAGAGCUCAACUACAUUUGGCCGAUAUCUCGAAUAUGCUGUUUUGUGUAGCGGAAUUGUUACCCUAUGUCUGUGAAAGUGGGGAAGCCUAUAUAGGUCUUCAGCUUCCUAAUCAAAGUGCUAUUAUUCGCGACGUACACGCCAAAUGCCGCGAGUUGUUCUACUGCCUUCUUUUACGUGGUGCACCGUUAGGAGUGCUAUCAAAGCUUUGUCGCAAAAAUAUUGAAAAUAUGGAAAUGUUUUCAUCGAGACAAGGAUUACCAUGCGCCUGGAUAUUAUUUGCUUCGCCACAGCUUUUUUCGACCGAUAAAACUUUUCAGUGGGUCACCGAAUUUGGAGAUCUUAGCGCACGCAUUGCAAUUUCUUUGGAAUUGAAAGUACUUUUGGCAUUUCCCGAAGCUGAUUGGGCUUACUUACUAAAGGUUCUUCUAAUGCGCAAUGCUCAGGUGACUGGAAUAAUACUUCGUCAUAUUUUUUCACAUUUGCCAUCACCGGAAAAUUUCAAAAACGAUAAUAGCUCAUUUCUCGACGAUUACAGUCAGCGAAAAAAGUGUGAAGCAUUUCUAUGCCGUGGUGAAUGUCUAGAUGUAUCUGAAAAAAUCAAAAAUCAUGCAGAUCCCAUUGGUCAGUCCAAUUAUCAAAUUGCCUUGUCGUUAACCUACUUGUUGGUGGCUGUCGGGAAAGCUGUCGAUAUUAAAUCAUGUCUCAUUAAAAUUUUGGAAGAAAGUUGCGCCGGUUGGAGUGAUUGUUUGGACAAACGUCAGGUUUGGAAUCAAAAACGUCCACCUUGGUUGGAGGCAAUUAUCCAUUUUGUUUAUCCUGUACUUAAUUGCAUUGUAGAUAUGUUGGUUAAUGCCGUCGAAGCUGGUGCUAGUAUGUAUCAAGCAAUGUCUUUGGCUCUAACAUGUGUUUCCGAGAUGUGGGACUGCAUACCAGAAAGUUUGUACAAAGUAACAAUUUUACUACAGGAUAUCAUACCCGUCUCUACGCGACCACUUGGUGAUUCCGUACUAAUGCAGGUGGUCUUUGCGGCCCUCUACACAGAUUUAAUAAGGAAAGCGAAAACUUUUGAAACGGAAAAUAAAAUGGAGAAAGCCUCAACAUGUUAUUCCAUCUCGGAAGCCAUCUGCUGUAUUGACGAAGAUGACAAACAUACUGAUCAAAUCGAUUUAUUUUUGAAACAAACUAGAGAUUCAAUAUUGAUUGAAACAAAUUCAGAAUACAAUAAUGGAGCGCGCAGUUGGGUAAGCACUUUGAGUACGGUCAAAAUCGAUGAUUUAAAUACUACGCAUACUGAACGUCUGACUCAAAGUCCACCAAUCAAUUAUGCUACAGAGUUAGAUGUGGGCAUAGCAGAUUAUAUUGCCGAUAUAUUAGUAAGCGAUGUUCUUACGACAAAUAUUGGAAAGCAAGCGUUGAAGACCAGCUACAGAUAUCUUAAGAACAAUGCUGAUUGGUUAAUGGAACAGCUGGGAUCAGGCGUUCCAGUGGGUGGCCCAAAUUUGGGACAGAGUAUCAAUGAACCUAAAGAUUCCAUAUUGUCAACAAUGUUUUUCGUGGGAAAUCAUACAUUUGAUCAGCUUUUAAGCGGUGGCCUCACCAUUGACUACAUCACUUGGCUACAAACACCGUUAUCAUUGAAUACAGAACGAGCUUGGCUGCAUUUAUCGCGUCGCUGUGAUUUCCAGGAAGAUUCUAAACUUCGAAUGCCUGAAGUAACAAUGGUGGCUGGAAUUACACAAGUGAUGAAAAAGUUGAAAUAUCCCAAGAAAUUUUAAAUAUAAAAUAUAUUACUCGUCUGGCGAUUAUAACUAGUUAAGCCUGUAUGCACAUUAGGGUGACUCUUAUAUUUGUGAUUUUUUUUUAUAAUGAAAUUUCUAGCGUACAAAACGGUGGAUUCAUUGUUCCUAAUCGACUUUGCUUUUGCCGAACGUUGUGCUAAAUUCUGCAGAGCUAAUUUUAUCACAAAAUUAUUGCAAUGUUUGAGAAAGUGUUUUAUAAGAGCCACCCCAACGUACAUACAUAUAUAUGUAUACAUAUGAACAUUUAUGUAGAUUAGGAGUUCUAGUUACUGUCGAAAUUCGGCCGUAUUUCUAGUUUUUUCAGACACUUGGAGAGGUUUUCUAGCUCGCUUAACUUAUAAGGUACAAAGUUACUUACCGGAAAAUCUUCUGCUUUGGAACUAAAACGUGACAAAUUUUUUUUUAUAUAUUUAAAGGUCUUUGAAGGACCUUCGCAAGACUUGGAAUUGUUCCAAUAGAUUGCAGUUUGUCAAUAAAUUUUGAUAAUAUGAUGCAUAACGAUAAUUCAAUGAAUUUCAAACACACUAAAAUCCGAUAACUCAACAAAAAUUCGAUAACUCGACUAAAUUCGGUAAUUUUCGAUGAAUUUCGGUAACUGUGGUAAAUUUCGAUAACUCAAAAAACAUAUCUCGACACAAAUCGAUAACUCGAUAAACUUUGCAUAUUUCUAUAAAUUUCCAUAACUUUGUUAAUUGUGAUAGCUCCAUAUUUUUCGAAAGCUAUCGAAAAACUUCGAUAACUUGUUACGCUAUGGUAACACGAUAAAAUUCGAUAAGCAGUGAUAACUCGAUAACUUAUAUAUUUCCAUAAAUUUCCAUAACUUGGUUAAUUGUGAUAGCUCCAUAUUUUUCGAAAGCUAUCGAAAAAUUUCGAUAACUUGUUACGCUAUGGUAACACUAUAAAA